GAAGGGACAAAUAUUAGAGAAGAGGGUCACAAACACAGAACAGAGAGAGAAACGGGGGACUGAAAAAAACAUAGCCAGAAACGCAAAAAGCAGAGGGGAGUUAAGAAAGAGAGUAUCCUAAUCUGAUCUCCUAAGCAAAGAGCGCCUCCCACCGCCCUUCAUCAGAUCUCUCUCUUUCACUUUGAGAGGACGAGCCAGCCCAUCUCUCGAACUCCAGUAGCCGCCGGAUUUCAUCACCAGUGAAGGCCGGCUGUUACUUCACCUCUAAGCCUCCAGCAGCCACUCCGCCACCCUCUCAACCACCCAUCUCCAGCCGUCACGCCAGAACUCCCUCGCCGGAAUCCCUCUAAUCUGCCGCACCACACACACACACACACAUGAACAGUAUGUAGAAACAGAGCAAAUCCGAGGGUUCUUUUAGUUUCUGAUUUCCAUCUUUUCUCGGCUGAUUUCCAUUUAGCUUUUGAUAUAUAAAAAAUUAAUUUACAUCUUAGUAAUAGUUUCAGAGAUUAGUAACCCUCUUUGUUCAAGUUUGGUUUUCGUUUCAAAAUCAGAAAAUAAAAAAAAGGUACCAAAAACAUUUCUGUUUCCUUGCUUUUCAAUUUCGGAUUUAUCUUGCAAAAAAUGGAGUUCGAUUGAGUGAAGUCCGUCGCCGGUUGCCGUCCGAAGUUCGAGGUUUGCGGAGUAAUUUUUGCUUCUAUUUUCCAUUCCCUGUUCGAGUUCGUAUGUCAGAGUUUCAAGGUCCAUCUCUUCUAUCUCACUCUCUGCUUGAAAUGAAUUAAUGGUUGCUUGGUCGUCUGAUUCAUUGUCCUUUAUGCUAUUCAAUGUCAAAAUGAAUUUAAACUUGAGUUGCAAUCUGGUUCUUGUUUCUUUUGUGCUAGUUAUUGUUGGCCGUGAUAUGUUGGUUUUGAGAAUGAGAGAUAGGGGUUUAGUCUAUUUAAUCUAAUUUUACACUUGAGAAGUAUAAGUUCUGAAAAUUGAAAUUGGAAGUAUUUGAUGAGGAUUUAGAUUUUACAUUUGAGAAGAAUUUGGUUUAAACUCAUUCAAGGAGAAGUGGGCCGUGGGUGAUAAAAUUAAUGAGAUUUAUGUUUAAGGUGAUUUGUUUUGUUUAUCCGAGUUGAUUCGCUAGGAGCAUGAUAAGGCCGUCAACACCUGGGUAGGCAAACUUUAGGAUUUUUGUUAGUUUUGAGGUGAGAGGUCGUUCUUUUAGUUAAAUUCAUCCAGGGAAUGCUCCGACGGAUUUGUAUAUAUUUUAUUCCGGGGAAUGCCCGUAGUAUUCUGUAAUUGGAGGCUAAAAAUAGAACUUGUAAUGUUUUAUUCUUGUUUUAUUUUUCUUUAUUAAGUGGGGACGACCUCGAGCCUCUUAUGUGUUAAUUUUUCCAUUUAUGUUUAUUACCUCAAUUCGAAUAUUUUAAAAGCCAACUUGAUCAUGUAUGCAACCGUACUAGUUAUGGGACUCGGGGAGUGCCUAACACCUUCUCCCCGAGUCAAAUGAACCCCCUUACCCAGAACUCUGGUGCAGACUUAGUUUUGGAGUCCAAAGUGUUUUAAAAAGGAAAAAUUAUUUUUAAAAAAGGUGACACGGCACACCGAAAUAAUGUCAGGUGGCGACUCUGAGUUAUUUCCUUUUGAACACAAUUUGGUCGCUUUUAAUUAAAAAUCCUUUUGAGCAUUACAAAUCUUUUUAUAUUUUUAAGAGGGUUAGUAAGGUGUAAAAAAGGGUGUAACAAAUAUAAAUGUAAUGUGUAAUUUUACAUGCACUUUUAUUACCAGCAAUAUUCAUUUUUAUACUUGCAGAUUACAUGAUAUUUUAGCCUAAAUUCUGGCUAGCAAUUUAUUGUAGUUAAAGUCUUAUUGAAUUCGUUCCUAUCUCCAAACUAAUCUAGCGAGUCUUUGUCAUAUUUGCUUACAGACAUGCAUUCAUUAAAUUAGUUUGGGGUCUACCAUUUUGUUAUUCCCUCCAUCUCAUAUUAUCUAUGAGAGUAGAAUUUUUUGUACAUGCCCCUUAAUAAAAUUUAAUUAGAAUGAAAUUUUGACUAUUUUUUUAUUAUUCAUGUCUUAAUAUUUAAUCUUUCUUCAUUAGUAUAUGAACAAAGUUAUCCAUAAUUAAGAUGUUUUUAGUCUUCAAAGAUAAUCAUUACUAAGGAUAAAAAAGAAAAAAUUUAUAAAUUUUAUCUUGAACUUCUAAAGUGACAAAUAAUUUGAGACAUCUAUUUUUAAUAACCACGACUGAUAAUAUAAGACGGACGGAGUAUAUAGUUACUACUCCAACUAUCCUAAAGUUUAUAAAAAUUGAAAAUUUGAAAGUGGGUAUUGAUUUAUUUUUUAACUUAAAAUACACUUUCAACAAUAACACCAACAUACUCGGUAUUAUCUCAGACUGUGAGGUCUGCGGAGGGUAGUGUGUACGCAGACCUUACCUCUACUUUAUGAGAAUAGAGAGGUUGUUUCCAGUAGACCCUCGCCUAAGGAAAACAUAAGCAUCACAUUAAUGAAAAUAUAGACAGGAAAGGAGAGUACCAAAAAACCAUAUAAAAGCAUAAUAAAAACAAUAACAUAGUAAGGUGAUCAACAAUGAAAGAAAACAACAUUUAGUCAUAAAAAUCUACUACCAACAGAAAGCAAGACCGCGUGCCAAUACUACUAUUAUGAACACUCUAGACUAUCUACUCUACUAUCUUAAUCCUCGACCUUCAUACCUUUCUGUCAAAGGUCAUGUCCUCGGUAGCUGAAGUUGCGACAUGUCUUGCCUAAUCACCUCUCUCCACCUCUUCUUUGGCCUACAUCUACCUCUUUGUAGGCCCUCCAAUAUCAACCUCUCACACCUCCUCACCGGGGCGUCUGUGUUUCUCCUCCUCACAUGACCAAAUCACCUAAGCCGCGCUUUCCGCAUAUUAUUCUCAAUAGGGGUCACGCCCACCUUGUUGCGAAUAACCUCAUUUAUGAUCCUAUCUAACCUGAUGUACCCGCACAUCCACCUCAACAUCCUUAUAUCUGCUACCUUCAUCUUCUGAACAUGAGCGAUCUUGACUCAACCACAUACAACAUUAUAUUACACUUUCAAAUUAUUUCAAUUUCAAAUUUUGUUUCUCGUUUCACAACAAACAAGAUUUAUAUUACAUGGCGAAACGUCAAAUUUUGCAAGUGGAUUUUACAACCAAACGCCACAUAAUUAUUAAAUACUUCUGCGUCACGAAAGAACUAAGAAGACUGCAAUUAUGUAUUAUGUGGGCUUAAUAAUAAAUAAGUGAUAACUUGUGACACUAAAUUAUUACAGGAGUGAGAUCUUAAAGGCAGAAGCAUCUAGGAAAAAGUGAAAGCCCAUUUGUCUCCUAAAGGCUAAAACUUUGUAUAAAAAUCACCUCUCUUACCCCAGAAACAGACAUCAGUACACACCUACGACACAAAAUAAAGCUCUGUAUGCACAGACUUUUCCAAAUUCCAACCCUCACAUUCCCAUUUACAAGUUACAAAAUCUGAAAAGUAAGCCUUAAAAUUUCCUUAAUUUUUCUUCUCUAAUGGAUACAAUCAAGUCUUUCAAAGGCUAUGGUAAAGUGGACGAAGCCGAAGAACAAGCUUUCAGGAAAAAAACACGUAAGCGUAUCAUUAUCUUAAUUGUCUCUGCCAUUCUUCUCCUCAUUGCAGUAGUAGCCAUAGUUGUUGGCACCGUUGUUCACAAAAAUAACCAAAAAGACUCCUCCAACUCAAAACAAAUCCCUUCUACCACCUCUACUUCCCAAUCCUUAGAAGCUCUCUGUAGCGUAACUGAGUACAAAGAUUCUUGCAUUUCUAGCUUAUCAAAAUUAGCAGCCUCAAAUACCACUGACCCAGAAACGCUGUUCAUUCUUUCUUUAAAACUUGCAAAAGAUUCCCUAGUCAAUUUGUCUUCGGUGCAACAAAAUUGGUCCAAAUUGACUAAAGAACCUAAAGUACAGCGCGCUCUUGAAGUCUGUGAGAGUGUAUUUGACGAUGCGAUCGACAAGCUUAACGACUCUGUUUCAUCAGUGGAUGUGAACGAAGGGCAAAAGUUGCUUUCGGGACCAAAAAUUGAUGAUCUCAGGACUUGGUUGAGCUCAACAUUAACAGAUCAAGAAACAUGCUUGGACGCACUUGAAGAAAUGAAUGCUACAUUUGUGAACGAUGUUAAGCUUCUAAUGAAGAACUCAACUGAAUAUGCUAGUAACAGUUUAGCUAUUGUGGUUAACAUUUUGGGAAUUCUUGGUCAAUUCAACAUUCCAAUUCACAGGAAAUUAUUAAGCAAUGAGGAAACGGGCUACCUGGAAUGGGUUCGACCCGGUGAUCGGAGACUUUUGCAGGCGGUUAAUCCGAAACCGGAUGUGACAGUGGCGAGUGAUGGAACUGGAGAUGUACUGACUAUUCAAGAAGCGGUGAAAAGGGUGCCUAAGAAGAGUAAAGUAAGAUUUGUGAUACAUGUGAAAGCGGGUGAAUAUGUUGAGACUGUGAGAAUGGACAAGUCUGUUUGGAAUGUGAUGAUGUACGGAGAUGGCAAAACUAAGACCAUUGUUUCCGGCAGCUUGAAUUUCGUCGAUGGAAUUCCCACUUUUGACACCGCCACAUUUGCUGUUGCUGGUAGAGGUUUCAUAGCCAGAGACAUGGCAUUCAAGAACACAGCUGGAGCAGCGAAGCACCAGGCCGUGGCCAUGCGGUCGCAGUCUGAUCACUCUGUAUUUUACCAGUGCCUAUUUGAUGGCUUCCAAGACACACUCUAUGCCCACUCCAAUCGUCAAUUUUACCGCGAAUGUGACAUUACAGGCACCAUUGAUUUCAUCUUUGGUAGUGCCGCGGUUGUUUUCCAAAGUUGUAAAAUCCAACCCAGACAGCCCCUAAGCAAUCAGUUUGUUACCAUUACGGCCCAAGGGAAAAAAGACCCAAAUCAGAACUCAGGCAUGUCUAUUCAAAAGUGCGAUUUGUCACCGUUGGAUGCUCUAACUGCUCCAACAUACUUGGGCAGGCCAUGGAAGCAAUAUUCGACUACAGUCAUUAUGCAGUCGAAUAUUGCUUCAUUCUUGCAUCCUGUAGGUUGGAUUGAAUGGGUUCGAGGCGUGGAGCCAGCCGACACCAUUUUCUAUGCUGAGUACCAAAACACAGGCCCGGGUGCAGCUGUGGCCCAAAGGGUCAAAUGGGCUGGUUAUAAGUCCAGUAUCACACCAGUUCAGGCCGCCAAGUACACAGUACAGUCUCUCAUACAAGGAGAUACUUGGUUACCAGAUACAGCAGUGGUCUUUGAUUCCACCUUGUAAGACAGGGUUGCAUCUCUAGGAAGUAAAAAAAAAACAUCUGUUUCUUUUUAUUAACAGCAGUUAUUUUGCUAUGUACUAUGCGUAUUCUUUUUCUCGCAAUAACAUUCUUUUAACCCACAAGAA